CAGCAACCAUGUGUCAAACAGCGUCAAUAUGACUAGGAACAGAUACAAUGAAAAAAGAAAGCCAAAAGAGUGCAGCAACAGAAGGAGGAGGGAUAAAAACACAUGAGAGAGGAAGAGGAGCCUCAUAAAAGACAGCUUGAAGAACUGUAUAACAAGCAAAAACAUGCAACACAAGUGUCUGCUGCCGUCAGCAGGAAAGAGAAGAAUAGACAGAGGCAGAAUUUUGAGGUGAUGCAUGGCGUAUUGUUAAAUGAUCUGCCAAAACACUCAUAUCAUUCAGAAAGGACAAGAUUUCUUAUGGUGCUACUUCACGCCCUACAGUGAGAUGGAAUGAUGAUACGUCGUCAUUAUCGUGACCGAGAGGAAGAAUUCAUGUCAAGAUAUCAUCGUGUGAUAGGAGCCAACGAAGAUCAUUCUGUGUUUAAAACAAAUCUUCCAGGUUCCCAGCCUCAGACAAGGCAACCUGAUGUUGGGAUUACAGCAGGGAACCAGCCCAAGUUAAUCUCAGGAACCAAUGAUAUUGGUGAAGAUACAACGAUAACAGAGACCUCUACCUUUAGUGAGAUUACGUUAACGGACGAUUCUGAUGAGGAAGAAUUGCAAGGCAGGAAAAUUGGUACGGGUCUGCGGAAGGCGGAGUUUCAUGCUGGAAGUUCCACCCUUACGGAAUUCACUUAUAAGUCACUUAUAGGCUAUUUUAUAUGUAGAUUAUACUUCACUUAGUCAAUUCACCUAUAAGUCAAGUAUAUGUAUUUUAAAUGCAAAUUAGAUGUAAGUGCAGUAUAUGUCUGGCAUUUUGACAUAUAAGUGAAGUAUAAGUUAUAUAUAAGUCACAAAUGUGUGACAUGUAAG